AAGCAAUAACGUCAGGCAGGAGGUUUACGCGAGAGCUGAAGGGAUGGAUGCGUGAUUUAGAAGGAGAGUAAUGGAAUCCCCUGAUGGAGAGAGGAGAGAUGAGUAGGGCCAAGGAUAGAUCUAGUAGACAAAAAGGAUGGAUCAGACAGAACGCAGCAGAUGAUCGUCGUCGUCGUCGUUGUUGUUGUCGUUACAGUAGUCGAGCUGUCCACUGUCAUACUAGUGGAUAUGAAAUGUGGAUGUUGUCCCCAUCAGCCAAGACCCAAAUCUCCAUUCGAAUCCGGGCCAGUAGCAUCCCUGUCCAUCCCUGUCCAUCAGCAUCUCUUGUUUGAACGGAAGGAACAAACGAAGAAUUUGGGGAGGAAGGAAGGAGCAUUGACCCUUCCCUCAACCUCAACCUCGUCCUUCUUCCAACCUUCAACCUUCAACCUCUAUACAGAGUACUCAUCUCAACUUCUGCAACUACUCAUGCCGAGUACGAAUCCAUUUCCCCAUCUCUCUCUACCGAUCCCCGUGUCCAAUGUGCAUCCACCUCACCGCUCGCGUCGCUUCCAGUGAACCCCGCUGCCGAAGGAUGACUACACCAUGACAAUUGCAUCCUGUACGGCAUAGUGCACGCCACUACCAUACUUCUAGAAUUGAAAUGCCUGUUGGAAAUCUUCUCCAAUUCUCCAAGAAACAUCCAAAUCUGUAUCAUCGACAGACUAGAACAAACUGACACAGAACCUGUCUUCGAUCCCACGUUUGUGGUAACCGUCAAGCUCCACUUCGUC